UCAGUAACUCUGCUGUGACCGAAAAUGUCGACACUCCUGAGAACACUGUUUCAGAACCGCCAGCAGAGAAACCUAAGGACAUUGAAACUGCAUCAAGUGCGCCGGCUGAACCUACUGAGCCUGUUCAAGACUUCCAGGAGUCAUCGAAGUCCAAAAAGAAGGCGAAGAAGGACAAGAAAAAGCGGAAGUCGGUUUCUUUCGCAGACGCGGAACCAGAAUCGCAACCUUCUGAGCCCAGCGAUUCUGCGGCCGAUGCAAUCGGCGUCGGUCAGCACGAUGAUGAGCCUGUGCCCAAAGGAGACGCUCAUUCUGAACUGUGCCAAGAUUCCCAUGAUGCGGAGUUAAGUCAGUCUCAGGAGGCUGAGCCUGCUUCGGAGCAGCCCGCUGAAGGAACACCUCUUGAACAAACACUUGAUUUGCCGGAUGAAAGUCAAGCCACUGUUACAGAUGCCAUUGGUCUUGAAGACGUUGGACAGCACUCAUCCGAACCUAUGGCUGAGGAGAAAAUCGAAGAAUCUGAGGAUCCGGUGACUCUACCGUCAUACGAGGUUGAUGCCGCAGAGAAGACCCCGAAGUCUGAGUCGGUUGAAGAUCCUUCUGGGACUCCCAAGGAAACAGGAAAAGAGGAUGAACCAGCGGCAGACACCAUGGCCACGGGAACAGCGGAACAACUGCAGCCCGAAGGGAGUCCGGAGGCCAAUGAUGCACAACCUUCUGCCACAGAGGCUGAUACUCAGCCUGUGAAUGCAACUGCUGAACAGGAC